AUGGCAUUAUGGUUAUUCCGUGAUCAAGAUGAAAAUAAAGACAAAGUAAUUGUUGAGGGAGAAACAUUAGCAAUAGAAUCAGAAAAGAAUUUUGAAAGAUUAAAUGCUGUAGAGAGGAUUUCAAUCAUAAAUGCUGGAGAAAGUUGGCGAUUGCCAUUGUGUCCAAAUCUCAUCACUUUAUGUAUAAGGAAAAACAUUAAUCAGUAUUCAAAUCUCCAAUUUAUGUCAAAAUUGAAAGUGUUGGAUCUGUCAAGAAUCCGAAUUGAGCAUCUUCCCUCGGAAAUUGGCAAGUUAAUCAACUUGGAAUUCCUUAAUCUGUCAAUGACAAGUAUACAAAAAAGGUUUCCAACUGAUCUGAAGAAUUUGGAAAAUUUAAGGGUCUUGCUCAUGGAAAAGGUUGGAUUUGAUCUUCAAAUAAUUCCUUUGGAAGUGAUAGAAAAAGUGGUGAAGGAAGAUAGUGGGACAGAUAGAGAGGACGCUGGUAGUCAUAUAUUUUCAAAUCUUACACAUCUUGCCCUUUAUUUCCUGCCGAAGCUAGAGAGCAUUGGCUUUUCCUUCCCAAAAAUUCAUCUCAGUAGAUUAUUGCCCAUAGCUGAGGAAGCUUCCUUUGAAUUCCAACUCUGCCAAGGACACAUUGAUUACAAUCGAAGGACAAGUUGUCUGGUGGAACAAUUUAGAGUGGGAAGACAGAGCCCUCAAAGACCAAUUCCAAUCAAAAUGUCGUUUCUGAAUAUUGAUUUCUUUGUUACUAAAAAUGUGGGUGUAACGUGGCAACAUGUGCAUCCUGUGCUUUCUUUGAAUUCCAACUCUGCCAAGCACACUUUGAUUGCAAUCCAAGGAAACCAGCACUGGUGGAACAAUUCAGAAGUGAUAAGACCCAACCUUAAAGACCAGUUCCAAUCAAAUUUUAAAUCAGAUCACGACCUGGGGUUUCUUCGUUAG